AUGUUUACUCCGCAGGGCAAAGGAUGGACCGGCUGGUCGACGCCGACUGCGGCCAACCAGCGGAGCGGUGGUGGCGCUCCUGCUGCGUCGGCGCCGCUUGGAAAGGGGGAAGGAAGGGUCGCCGAGCUCGAGCAGGAGUUGCAUGAAUAUCAGUACAAUAUGGGGCUUCUUUUGAUUGAAAAGAAAGAAUGGGCAGCAAAAUUUGAAGAAAUCAGUCAAGUGCUGACGCAGAAAGAGGAGAUAUUGAAGAGAGAACAAGCCACACAUCUUAAUGCUAUAUCAGAAUACGAAAGGCGGGAGGAGAACAUGCGGAAAGCACUGGGUGUUGAGAAGCAAUGUGUGGCUGAUCUUGAAAAGGCCUUGCGUGAUAUACGAGCAGAGAUAGCUGAGGUUAAAUUUACAUCUGAGAAAAAGAUAACAGAUGCUCAGUCUCUUGAGGCUAGUUUGGAGGAGAAAUCCUUGGGGGUCGAGGGAAAACUUCAUGCUGCAGAUGCCAAACUUGCAGAGGCAAACCGCAAGAAGUCUCAAGCUGAUCGGGAUUUAGAAGAGGCUGAAGCUCGUCAACGUAGGUUGGAGAAGGAGAAGUUAUAUUUUGAGACAGAGCGGAAGGCCCGAGAAAAGCAACUCAAGGAGCAGGAGGAAUCACUGCAGGAGUGGGAGAAAAAGCUUAAGGAAAGUCAGAAUAGACUUAAUGACUUGCAGAGAUCUAUAAAUGAGCGAGAGGAGAGAGCAAAUAAGAAUGACCAACUUUUCAAGAUAAAACAGGACGAACUGGAGGAGGCAAGAAAAACAGUGGAGGCCGCUAAAGUUACUCUGAAAGUCAAAGAGAAUGAUAUUAACAAAAGACUAAAUGAAUUGCAUUCACAGGAAAAGGAUGCUGACUCAAAGCGCAGUGCCUUGGAAGAGCGGGAAAAAAAGUUGGUUGAGAGAGAGUCAAAGGUCACUACUAGGGAAAAGGAGGGGCUCCAGAAGCUUCUUGAGGAUCAUCAGGCGGAACUUGAAUCCAGAAGACGGGAUUUCGAAUUAGAACUAGAGAGGGAAAGGAAAUCAUUUGAUCAAAAGAUGACACAGAAUGAAGCGGAUUUAUUGAAAAGGGAGAAAGAUGUUAAAUCUUUGGAGGCUAAACUUUCUAAAAGUGAGCAGGCAUUGAAUGAUAAGAAGAAAUCAAUGGAAAGUUUGCAGAAUGAUCUUGAUGCCAAAUCCAAGGCUCUGAAGAGGUGGGAUGAAUCAUUGAAAAAUGAUGAGAAAAGAUUACCCGAAGAAAAGCAGCAACUGAAUCAUGAAAGAGAGCAAUUGGAGACAUACAAAUUGGAGCUGGAAAGGAUCAAAUCAGCAUUAGAAACUGAAAAGGAAAGAAUAUCAGAAGAGAAGAAUAAUCUGAAACUCACAGAGCAAGAGAGGCAGGAGCAUAGCUUGCUGACAGCAAAACUUAAGAAGGAGAUUGAGGAAUACAGAAUGCGAAGCAACUCCCUAUCUGAGGAGAUGGAGGAUUUGAGGAAGCAACGGCAGAAAUUUGAAGAAGAGUGGGAACAGCUAGACGAAAAAAGAGCCCUUCUAGUAGAGGAGGACAAAAAGCUGAAAAUUGAGAGGAUGAAUUUAGAACGGUGGCGUGACAAUGAAGAAAAAAGGUUAAAUGAUGUGAAGCUCGAAAUGGAUGAAAAAUACAAGGACCAGCUGGAGAGUCUUGAGCGUAAGGAAAAGGCUUUGACUGAUGAUAUAAAGCACAAGCAAAUGGAAAAUGAUGAGUUUCUGAAGGGAGAAUGCGCUGAUCUGCAACGUAAAUUGCAGCUGAAACAGCAUGAAUUGGAGAUGGAGAUGGAGCAAAAACAAGCAAGUAAAGAGAAGGAACUGGAAGAAAAGGAAAAUGAGUUAAAUAGGAAAAUGGAUUUUGUGGAAAAUAAGCUCCGACAUGCUAUUGAGUUGAACGAGUCCAAGAUUCAGAAGAUAUUAGUGGAGAAAAGGGAGCUGCAGAUGGAAAGAUCAUUACUGCUAGAGGAAAGAAAGAAACUGGAGACUGACAAGGCAGAUAUUAGAAGGGAUAUUGAGAGUCUGCAUUCACUGAGCAAGAGUUUGAAGGAACGCCGAGAGAAAUAUAACAGGGACAGGAAACACCUCAUCGAUCUAUCUGAAAAGUACAAGGCAUGCAAGAACUGUGGGAUUUCUAUUUUUGAGGUAUCAGAUUCUCUUCUUCUUAAAGACAGUGCUGAAAUUGAACAUCCCAGUUUGGUUGUUGAGGGAGAUGAUCGUGCCUUGACCACUGAUACAUCAGGUCUAGAUACAGGAACCCUUGUUAAUUCAGGUGGUCCUUUUUCUUUGUUACGGAAGUGCUCAACGCUUUUCAAGUUCUCCCCUAGAAAAAAAGGUGAGCAGUCAUCAGAGCAACCAGCAGAAAAGAAUAUACCUUUUGGCGCAAGACUUGAGGAAGCAACACAGAGCGAUGGAGAUUAUGAGCCAACUCCUAUCUAUGAGAUAGCCCAUGAUUCUUUUGAUGCAGAGGAUGAGCUCCCUUCUGAUGGUGGAACCAGGGAGAACGAAGAGUCUGAAAGGCAUGACAUAGCUGAUGAUGCUCAGAUGGAGUCUUCUGUUGGUGUAGCAGAUAACAGUAUAGAUAUUCUUGGCACUCAGUCCUUUGAUGGAACUAACGACAUGGCAGUUGAAGCAACUAUUGCCUCUGUUGAUCAAAAUGGCAAGGAUUCUGCAGCACCUGCUGAAGCAGGUGUACAGCCUGAAACAUCAAAGCAAGGUCGGCGCCAACAAAACCGGAGAGGCAGAGGGAAAGGUGGUGUGAAAAGGACACGGUCCGUUCGUGCUGUAGUUGAAGAUGCUAAAACGAUACUUGGUGAGACGUUUGAGGAGAAGAAUGAUGGUCAGGGAGAUAAAGUCAUGAUGGGUGCUACACGAAAGCGGAGGUUUGCUGGAGCUACAAUAAGUGAACAAGAUGAAGAAGGCAGCGAAGCACAUUCGGAAAGUGUUUCACUUGGAGGGCAGCGUCGCAAGAGGCGGCAAACUGCUGGGGCAGUGACAGAGGCCCCAGGAGAAAGACGUUACAAUCUGAGACACAGUAGAGUUGCAAAUGCUACCGCCGCAACAGCCCAAACUGACAAAAAGAAAUCUGCGAAGGCAGGAAAUAAACAUACAGUAGAAGUUACUGCUGAUGACACAGAAGGAACCUCAAAGGUUGACGAGGAACCUGCCCCUGAGAGCAAGAAGGCCUCUGAAUCUACAGACUAUGGCGCAUCCCAGUUGCACGAGUUUUCCCAGGCUGAAGUUGGUGAUGCCCAUGCCCCUGUAGAGGGUGCUGGUGAGGAAGAUGGUGAUAUUGUGGAUGGCCAAGGUGCACUGCCUGAUGUGCCGAUGACACGAUCUGGAAGUGAACUUGGAGCAGAACAGGAAGACGAGGACGAUGAUGAUUCAGAGAGGCGAAACCAAUCAAUCAGCAAGAAACUAUGGUCAUUCUUCACUACAUGA